UGUAUGCCUCGGUUCGGCGUGUGGGGGUUGGGCCGUUUCAUCCAGCAUUUCUGGGCAAGCAUCUCGGUUGCGAAGCCAAAUGGGGAGAGGGCGGUCCAACUGAGGACAUCUUGUGCCGCUACGAAAUCUUCCUUCCAUUGGUUCGUAUUCUUUGGGUCCGCGGAUAAGGCGAGGAUCUCCGCCAAGAUGCCGAUCAAUCUGGCUGGCGCCGAGGAGGGUGUCAAACAGCCUCCCAUCCUGGGCUCGGGUCGGCGCAAAGGUCGGCCGCGCAAGCUGCUGCUGCCUCCCUGCUGCUCGGUCGUGCCGCCAGCCAAGGCCACGGAACUCAUCCACAGGACGAGGAAGGCCCGCACCCACAACGCCAUCACCAACUACUUUUCGCCGCGCCGUCCGGACGCCGGCGCCGUACUGGAGGCGGCCGAGUGUCCGCCGCUGGCCGGGCCGGCUUGCACGCCGCCCGAUCAGGGCGCCCGCCGCCGCCGCUCCUGUCUGGCGCUCGCCGAGGACGGCUGCGAUGAGCCGCUGGGCACGAGCUCGUCUGGGCCGCCGGAGGAGGCCGUGCUGGAGGCGGCGGCUGCGGGCGCACCGCGCACUCCCGUCAGCCCGCACAAGAUCCAGUCGCUGGACUGCCAGCCGCUGCCAAUGCGGCUGGAGUCGCGGCCGCGCCGACCGCCCCUCUCGCCGGCGCUCAUCCUCAACAAGCCCAAGCAGGCGCGCAAGGCUGCCUCUGCCAAGGCCGGCCGCAGCAAGCGGCCCAGCGGCGGCGGUCCGGCCGGCGGCGCCGCACUGCCGGCCGCCGCCGCCGACGGCAAUCACAAGCUGACCGACUACUUCCCGAUCCGGCGGAGCAACCGGCGCACCAAGCGGGCCCUGGAGGAGGAGCGCUCCUGCCAGAUUCGCAGGCGGCUCGCCAACGACUGCGACGAGGGAUUGGAGGUGGCGCUGUUCCCGGGCAAGGGGCGCGGCGUGGUGACCACGCGACCCUUCGCUCGCGGCGAGUUCGUGGUGGAGUACGCUGGCACGCUGGUGGACCUGGAGGAGGCCCGCCGCCGCGAACGCGUCUAUGCCCAGGAUCAGAACACAGGCUGCUACAUGUACUACUUCAACUGCAAGGACCACAACUGGUGCAUCGACGGCACGCCGGAGACGGCCCGGCUCGGCCGCCUGGUGAACCACAGCCGGCACGCCAACAACUGCGUGACGCGCUCGAUCGAGGUGGACGGCCGGCCGCGGCUCGUGCUGCUCGCCAGGAACGACAUCGCCAAGGGCGAGGAGAUACUCUAUGACUACGGAGACCGCAGCAAGGAGAGCCUCGAGCACCACCCCUGGCUGGCUUCGUAGUUUGCCGGCGCUCGCACCGGCCACCCAUCACUGCCAAGCACUGGCGGCGCGGCUCGCCCUAGCCGCCCGGCGCUGCCUGCCCGUUUGUCCGUCUGUGCGUGUGAAUGUGUAUGCGCGCGUCCGUGCGUGUUAGGGCGUGGGUGUGCGGCGUCAGCUGUAGAGCGGCGCCGUGCCGUGACGGCCGGCACUUGCCAUUGUGUACACUCCGGUGACGGCUGCUGCGAUCGGACUGAUCAGGCAGAUGAAUGUGUGCGGUCGAGCGGCUGCAGCGGCGGCCUCUCCGUUGACUUCACUCAGCGCCGGCAGGCGGCGCUGGCGACUUGGCCCGCGUUCUAUGCGGCCGCCUCGGUGCCGCCGCUGUAUCCAGCCGCGCUCAGGAGGCCGAUGCGGAGUGCGGCCGAGCGCCCCGGGACCGCGCUACUGGUGCCCUCAGCGGCAGUGUCGCCGGCCUCUGAUCGGCCGCCGCUCCGCCCGGGACGCGACCGGGGCCAGAGCCGUGCCCCACUCAGGAUUCUGUGUAGUGACGUUGGUGCCGCGCUACCCGGACGCUGCGGCCGCAACCGGCCGACGCCCGCUCUGCCCGAGGAGGAG